GGUCCCGGGUUAUUCCGUAGUUCCCUGCGCCGCGGUGUUGUAGUGGAGUAACGCCUUCAUAGGAAUUUGUGUCGUCUCUCCGCUGCUGAAUUUUAUAAAGGAGGCCCUUCUUGCUCUGGAGCAAUGGUGGUCCUGGCUUUGUGGUCAGCUGGGGCCAGUUGACAGUGUUCAGUUUGCUGGACCGCGGCGAAGGGAGUUGCGAUGUGAAAGCAGGGAGUUGUGAGUCUUACUUCACAUUUGGUUUGCUUUGAGGUAUACCCUUAAACUGAGAUGUUGUUAUUGGGCCCGUGUUGCAAUUCUGGUGAAAGGUAUCCCCUUCGAAUGUAGGACGAUGCUUCUUCGCUGUGCUAAUGCAUGGGUUUUCUAGGUCUUCUCUUUUCCUUUCUAACACAACUACAUUUUGAGCAAUAACUGGAAUGAAGGACUUAGAUAUUGGAUUUCCCUAGGAUAUGUGGCUUAUACCUGAUGGUGGAAUGUAACAAGAGAAUCUUUAGCUUCGGAUCAAGACAAACUAGUUUUGAACAAGAUCGAUCAGAGGAAAUUCUUUGCUUUUGGGAAGAAAAUAUGAAAGUUAACUAGCCUGGUGCUGUACUCAGAGGGUCUUCUGAGUUGGGAUGAAACUGCAUCACCCCUUGGACAUUAGGAUCAGCAUGAACUACACCAGAAGGAAAUGGGGGAGAUUCGUGCUUCAUUGAACAAAAGAAAAGGAUUGAUGGAAGUUCUCUGGCUGAUUCCGAGGAAAGUCAUAAUGUGUAAAAUUAUCUUCAAAUUUGUAACUACAUAGGUUUCUUGCCAUCAGAUUGUGAUGACCCAACAAUAUUGACAAGAGAAAAAAAAAAUCCACAAAGAUUACCACUUUGAAUAUACAGAAUGUGACAGCAGUGGCUCCAGGUGGAGAGUGGCCAUUCCGAAUUCUGCUAUGGACUGCUCGGGCCUGCCUGACCCUGUGAGAGGCAAAGAAUGCACUUUCUCCUGUGCUUCUGGAGAAUAUCUAGAAAUGAAGAACCAGGUUUGCAGUAAAUGUGAAGAAGGUACCUACUCCUUGGGCAGUGGUAUUAAAUUUGAUGAAUGGGAUGAAUUACCAGCUGGAUUUUCCAACAUUGCGACGUUCAUGGACACUGUGGUUGGCCCUUCUGAUAGUAGGCCAGACGGCUGUAACAAUUCUUCUUGGACCCCACGUGGAAACUACAUAGAGUCGAAUCGUGACGACUGCACGGUGUCUUUGAUCUAUGCAGUGCACCUGAAGAAGUCAGGUUAUGUCUUCUUUGAGUACCAGUAUGUCGACAACAACAUCUUCUUUGAAUUUUUUAUUCAAAACGAUCAGUGCCAGGAGAUGGACACCACCGCUGAUAAGUGGGUGAAACUCACAGACAAUGGAGAAUGGGGCUCUCAUUCUGUCAUGCUUAAAUCAGGCACAAACAUACUAUACUGGAGAACUACAGGCAUCCUUAUGGGCUCUAAGGCGGUCAAACCAGUGUUGGUAAAAAAUAUUACAAUUGAAGGGGUGGCUUACACCUCAGAAUGCUUUCCGUGCAAGCCAGGCACCUUCAGCAACAAACCGGGUUCAUUCAACUGCCAAGUUUGCCCCAGAAACACUUACUCUGAGAAAGGAGCCAAAGAAUGCAUAAAAUGUGCAGAGGAGUCCCAGUUUUCAGAGGAAGGAUCCAGUGAGUGUACAGAGCGCCCUCCCUGUACCACCAAAGACUAUUUCCAAAUCCACACUCCAUGUGAUGAAGAAGGAAAGACACAGAUAAUGUACAAGUGGAUAGAGCCAAAAAUCUGCCGGGAGGAUCUUGCAGAUGCUAUUAGAUUGCCCCCUUCUGGAGAGAAGAAGGAUUGUCCACCUUGCAACCCGGGAUUUUAUAAUAAUGGAUCUUCUUCUUGCCACCCCUGCCCUCCUGGAAUGUUUUCAGAUGGAACAAAGGAAUGUAGACCAUGUCCAGCAGGAACAGAGCCUGCACUUGGGUUUGAAUAUAAAUGGUGGAAUGUCCUUCCUGGCAACAUGAAAACAUCCUGUUUCAACGUUGGGAAUUCAAAAUGUGAUGGAAUGAAUGGUUGGGAGGUGGCUGGAGAUCAUAUCCAGAGUGGGGCUGGAGGUUCUGACAAUGAUUACCUGAUCUUAAACUUGCACAUCCCGGGGUUUAAGCCACCAACAUCUAUGACUGGAGCCAUGGGUUCUGAACUAGGACGAAUAACAUUUGUGUUUGAGACUCUCUGUUCUGCAGACUGUGUUCUAUACUUCAUGGUGGAUAUCAAUAGGAAAAGUACCAAUGUGGUGGAAUCAUGGGGCGGAACCAAAGAAAAGCAAGCUUACACCCAUGUCAUCUUUAAGAAUGCAACAUUCACAUUUACAUGGGCAUUCCAGAGAACCAACCAAGGUCAAGAUAAUAGACGGUUCAUCAAUGACAUGGUGAAGAUUUAUUCUAUUACUGCUACUAAUGCAGUUGAUGGGGUGGCGUCCUCAUGCCGUGCCUGUGCCCUCGGUUCUGAACAGUCCGGCUCAUCGUGUGUCCCCUGCCCCCCAGGCCACUACAUUGAGAAAGAAACCAACCUGUGCAAGGAGUGUCCACCUGACACCUACCUGUCUAUACAUCAGGUCUAUGGCAAAGAGGCUUGUGUUCCAUGUGGGCCUGGGAGUAGAAGCACUCAGGAUCACUCAGUUUGCUAUAGUGACUGCUUUUUCUACCAUGAAAAAGAAAAUAAAAGUUUGCACUAUGACUUCAGCAACCUCAGCAGUGUGGGCUCAUUAAUGAAUGGCCCUAGUUUUACCUCCAAAGGAACAAAAUACUUCCACUUCUUCAAUAUCAGCUUAUGUGGGCAUGAGGGGAAGAAGAUGGCUCUCUGUACCAACAAUAUAACAGACUUUACAGUAAAGGAAAUGGUAUCAGGGUCAGAUGAUUACACGAAUUUGGUAGGAGCAUUUGUAUGCCAGUCAACUAUUAUUCCUUCUGAAAGUAAAGGUUUCCGUGCAGCCUUAUCAUCACAGUCUAUCAUUCUGGCAGAUACAUUUUUAGGAGUGACAGUUCAAACCACAUUGCAAAAUAUUAAUAUUAAAGAAGAUAUGUUCCCAACUCCACCCAGCCAAAUACCAGAUGUGCAUUUCUUUUAUAAAUCUUCUACAACCACAACAUCGUGCAUUAAUGGCCGGUCAACUGCUGUGAAAAUGAGGUGUAAUCCUACUAAACCAGGAGCAGGACUGAUUUCAGUCCCCAGCAAGUGCCCAGCAGGCACCUGUGAUGGAUGCACAUUCUACUUCCUGUGGGAAAGUGCAGAAGCCUGUCCUCUGUGCACAGAGCAUGACUUCCAUGAAAUUGAGGGGGCCUGUAAGAGAGGAUUCCAGGAAACUUUAUAUGUAUGGAAUGAACCUAAGUGGUGCAUUAAGGGGAUUUCUUUGCCUGAGAAAAAGUUGUCAACCUGUGAAACAGUUGACUUUUGGCUGAAAGUGGGAGCAGGUGUUGGGGCCUUCACAGCCGUUUUGCUGGUAGCUCUCACUUGCUACUUCUGGAAGAAAAAUCAAAAACUGGAGUACAAAUAUUCCAAAUUAGUAAUGACAACUAACUCAAAAGAGUGUGAGCUCCCAGCUGCAGACAGUUGUGCUAUCAUGGAAGGAGAAGAUAAUGAAGAAGAAGUUGUAUAUUCCAAUAAGCAGUCAUUACUGGGAAAACUGAAAUCCUUGGCAACAAAGGAAAAGGAAGACCAUUUUGAAUCGGUUCAACUGAAAACCUCAAGAUCUCCAAAUAUAUGAAAAGACAGUGCUGUAGCCUUCAGACUAGUGAAUAAAGAGACCAGCUUUCUAGUUUCACAAGACCAUAGUUUAGAGCCUGUCCUCAUACCUGGCAUGUUGGUGACCUCACCAAGGAGGGUUCUGCCACUGAAAAGGAAUGAAGGUUGUAAUGUUUGAAUGCCUUAUCACAUGGUCAAGUAUCUUGCCAAAAAUAGACAAGCAAGUGAUUUGGGUCUCAACUGAAGAUGAAGCUAAACUCAGGAAGAGAUUUAUCUGUAUAUACAUGUUACUGAAAACCAAGGUUAAACCCACCAGUGCACUGCUAAUGCAUGCCAUAUAAUGAAUGGGUAACUUUUGUUCUUUAUAGCUUCAAUAUAAAAAGUGUGUUUUGAAGGAAGAUGUGAACAUAUGAAUUGUAAUCACAGUUAUGUCUUUUCUUUAUAUUUAAGGGGAGAUUUGAAAAAAAUUUUAAAGCUAUACUUAUUUUUUCCCAUUAUUUAUUUUCCUGACCUUACAGCAUCUUUUCUAUUAAAACUGGUGAACAAAGAAAGACAAUAUAUUUUUCAUUUUUUCCAUAUGAUAUCUUUCUUGAUUUCAUAAAGUGAAGUAAGCAGCAAUUUUUUAGGAAGACUCAUCAUGUACUAGGGUUUUCUAAACAUAAAAUUGCCUUUGAGAUUCUAUACUUACUAGAACUGGUAAGAAGCACUUGACUGAAAAUAUUGAGAACUCUUAAAAAAAAAAAAAAACAAGCAAAGGAAGAGCCUCAGCUUUGUAUGAGUAAAAAGAUGAAAGACGCUGACACUAUUAUAGAAAUCAAAUUGCUUAAAACAGUUUAGUAGUACUUGAAAUAUAAUUUAAAAUGAGUGGGAAGGCUUGUCAAACUAUUGUAAAAUUGUGAGGAAGCAAAUACGAUGACUUGUAAGAGUCCAGUUAUCUUUCCAAGGUAUUGAGGUAAUUUCCUGGUCACGAGAAAAUUGCAGUGAGACAUUUGCCCCAAAGGUUUUAUGGUCAUUUCUCUGCUACAAGACUUUAAGAAUAGUGACUUCCAUGAAAGUUUUUAAGUCAGUCAGGAAUUCAAUUUUGGAAAACUGCAUAUAAUUAUUUCAUAAUGAGAAUGUGGUUGUACCAUGAACCAUUAUGAAAUAAGUUUUCUUAUACAAAAGUGAUCCUUAUAGUUGAGAUAUUUCCUAUGAUGAGUGGUUUACAUACUAAGAUGAUUGAAUAUUGUUGGCUGAAAAAAUUUAAAUGAAGUUGGAUUUGACUAAUUUAGCAUAAGUCUUAAUUGUGUUAGGAAAGAAUGGAGUGUCCUGGCUAUCGAUAAGCUAAGGUACUCUGGUUUGUUUUAAUAAAAAGUAAUCUUUACAGGCCUUUAUUCAGAUUUUUUUUUCCCCCAUAAGAGUGGUGAUUGGCUAAACAAGACAGGGCAUAUGGGCAGGAUUUGUUGAAUGUUUUACCCCAAGUCUUUCACUGAGGUAUGACUUGUAACUUUUUAUUCAGCAGGUGUUAUCUUUAUUUUUGUGGCAAAUGGGAGAAAAAUAAAUAAUGUGUUUUUUUGGCUGGUGG